UGGCGGUAUUGAGUCGUCGCGUCACACACAUCAUGGACAUGAAGAAGGAAAGCAGCGAAGAAGAAACGCACGCGAACGUCGCUUAAAUUACUUUCACAGAACCUGCUGUGUCACACAGGAGACCUCGGGUCCUCUCCUGCAGCAGCAUGCCGAAGAGGAAAGUAACAUUUGAGGACGGGGACGGAGAGAUCGACCUGGAGGAAGAUGUUCCAAACAAAAAGACCUGCGAGGCUGUGGCCGGACCAGGCUCCAGGUUUAAGGGCAAACAUUCCCUUGAUAGUGACGAGGAGGAUGAAGGAGAGGAAGAUAAGAGCAGCAAAUAUGAUAUUCUUGCGAGUGAUGAUGUGGAAGGCCAAGAGGGAGCAACCAUUGACUUUGACGAGGGAGUUUCCAUCACACCGUUCAAUCUGGACGAGGAGAUGCAGGAAGGAUACUUUGAUUCUGAAGGAAACUAUUUCGUCAAAAAGGAAGAACAGAUCAGAGACAACUGGCUUGACAACAUCGACUGGGUGAGAAUAAAAGAGCAGCCUUUCAAACAAAAGAAGAAAGGCCUCGGAGCCAAACGGACACGCAGAGUUGGUGACGAAGAUGAGGCCGAGGAGGAGAAAAAGAGAGAAGAGAAGCAAACAGACAAGGACAACGAAGAGGAAGAAGAGGAGGAGAUGGAGCCUGCAGAGGACCCCCUGGCGUCCUUCACACAGCACCAGCUCACUGAAGCUAUGGUGGAACUGAUGCUUCCCGGGGAGACAGUCGCUGCUGCUCUCCGUCGGCUGGGAGGACUGAAGGGACGAAAGAAGGGGAAGCUGAGGGAAGAGAGUGCGCCCACAGCAGAGAACAAAAGAGAUGCAGAAAAGCUUGAUAAGCUCACGGCACUCGCUGACAGACUGGUUGGAUCUGGGAUGUUUGAGAUUUAUCAACAGACUUAUGAAAAACUGACCUAUUUGAUGAAGAGCAUGAGCAGCAAGAAACCAGCUGUGGGAGCCAGCGGAGAUGAUGAUGAUGGAGAGGGAGAUGAACUUGACAUGUUUGGUGAUAAGUUUGAUGAGUCGCAAGGCAAACGAUCAGGAGAUAAACAGGACGAUGAAAACGUGAGCGAUGAAGUCAUGUGGGAGUACAGAUGGGAAAACGAGGACGGUGCAGAAAUUUAUGGCCCCUACAACAGUCAGCAGAUGCAGGAUUGGGUGGAUGAAGGCUAUUUUAGCACUGGUGUUUACUGUAGGAGGAAGGACCAGGAAGGAUCUCAGUUCUACAACUCCAAGAGACUGGACUUUGACCUGUAUACAUGAUUUAUAUCCAGAAUGUAAUGAAUCACGACCGUCACUCUCUGCAAUUCAGUUUCGCCCUUUCAGUGUCUUCAUCCGGGGUUUUCACCCGGGGUCUGAUCCAUCAUUUGAACAGGGGCUUUGUUUUCUGUACAUUGCUUUUUAAAUAAAUGACUCAUGUAUGUGA